AUGCAUAGUGGGCUCUCAAACGGCGUGCCUGGGGCUUCCCAGCGUACUUACCCUCGGAAGAUGUCAUUCUGGCGCCUCAUGACUGAUCACCAAGUCCUCACGAAGGAGAUUGUGGAAUACGACUAUCCUGGGUCUGGCACGAAAGACGACCCCUUUGUUGUAUCGUGGCUAAACGAGGAUCCCCGCAACCCAUUGCAAUUCAGCAUGGCUAAAAAGGUGGCCAUCACACUGGUGACGGCCUUUGCGACCCUGAUCGUAUCCUUGACUUCGUCCGCCUACUCUGGCAGUAUCUCAGACAUCGUUCGUCGGUUUGAAGUAAGCACCGAAGUGGCCACUUUGGGCCUCUCGCUGUUUAUCUUCGGGUUCUCAGUAGGACCACUGGUAUGGGCUCCCUUGAGUGAAAGCAUCGGCAGGCAAAUCCCCUUUUUUAUUUCAUUUUUGUCUAUGGCUGCCUUUUUGGCAGGGUGUGCAGGGGCGCGCAAUAUCCAGACCCUGUUGAUUCUUCGCUUUUUCGCCGGAACAUUUGGCUCUUCACCCUUAACCAAUGCGGGUGGAGUCGUGUCUGAUAUGUUUCCUGCGCGGCAACGCGGAUUGGCACUUUGCUUGUUUGCAUCCACCCCCUACAUGGGCCCUGCACUUGGCCCAAUGAUCGGCGGCUUUCUCUCGAUGAAUGCGGGUUGGCGGUGGGUGGAAGGCCUCUUGGCUGCAUGUGCUGGACUGGUAUGGAUAGUGGUCACUAUCUCAGUGCCAGAGACCUAUGCGCCGGUCCUCCUCCGCAAACGUGCCGCCAAGUUAUCGCGUGAAACAGGGAAAUGUUAUCUGAGCAAGCUGGACGUGGGCAAAUCACCUGUGGCGUGGACAAGCCGUCUGAAGACGGUAUUUUCCCGGCCAUGGGUGCUGUUGUGUCGAGAACCGAUUGUUCUCCUUUUCACUUUCUACGCCUCGGUCAUCUACGGUACCCUUUACAUGCUCUUCGCGGCAUUCCCCAUCGUCUACGAGCAGGGACGAGGUUGGAAUCCGGGUGUGGGGGGGCUACCUUUCCUGGGUGUGAUGGUGGGAAUGUUUGCGGGCGUGGGCUAUGCGAUUUUGGACAAUGGACGGUAUGUUCGAACACAGGAGAAGUUUAACGGCUUUGCGCCACCGGAGGCGCGCCUGGUGCCUUGUAUGGUUUCUGCUGUCACCAUUCCGAUUGGCUUUUUCUGGUUUGCAUGGACCAAUUCGCCCUCCAUUCAUUGGAUGGCCAGUGUGGCCGCCAUGGUUCCAUUCGGUUCUGGCCUGGUACUCAUCUAUUUGGGUAUUGUCAACUACCUGAUUGACUCCUAUACCAUCUACGCCGCAUCGGUGAUUGCCGCCAUGUCAAUCCUACGAUAUAGCUUCGGCGGCAUAUUCCCCUUGUUCACGACGUAUAUGUAUGAGGGACUGGGGAUUCACUGGGCAUCGUCCAUUCCUGCAUUUGUUUCGGUGGCAUGCAUGCCACUGCCAUUCAUAUUUUACAAAUAUGGUGCAGAUAUUCGGAAGCGCUGCAAGUAUGCCGCUAUUUCUGCGAAGCACUUGCAGACGAUACAGGAGACGGCCGAGGAAGAGAUACGACGGAAUGCUGUCGCCACCCAACCCAAUGCUGCGGUGUAG